UUGGCAGCUCCACCUGGACAAGGUGCCCGACCCACAGGCGGCGAACGGUGAUGCCGUGAGGGGGAGCUCGGCCCGGCCCCCGCCGCCGCACACUUUGCUCUGCCCCCGGCCGCGCGUCGUGCCCGGCUGCUCUGCCCGCUCCGGAGGAAGGGCGCAGGCGGCACCUGGCGCCCCGGCUCCCGCGGAAUGCGGCAUUAGCACCCCCGCCCCGGCUCGGCACCCUCCUCCGCCUCCCCGGCUCUAGGGGAGGCUUUUUCCUUUUCGGCGUUUUCUGCCGGAGCAUCCCUUUUUUUUUUCCCUCUUCACCCUUUUGGAGGAAGAGGAGGAGGGGGAAGGAAGGAGGUGUUCAAUGAGGGCUGCUGGGCUCACCCCCCCGCGCCUGAGAGGUGCUGUCCCUCCCUGAGCGGAGAGGGGGGAGAGCUGCCGGGGAGGCAGAGGCAGGUCCCGCUCCCUUGCUGUGCCGCCGGGGAGAGCGGAGGAGGGUGGUGGGGACCGUGUCUCUGUGUGCGUGGUGGUGGUGGUUAUUUAUUUAUUUAUUGCUCCUGGUGGUUGCAGCUGGCAGACCUGGGAAGGAGUAGGCGCCAUUGCCAGAAGGAUUAUUGCCAGGGGAGGGGAGGGGGGGUGGGGGGAAAGAGAGAGGAGACCCCGAGGCUCCCGAGGAAGCGGAGUGAGGCAGAUCUUUUCUUCCCGCCUUGGCUUCUACCGCCGGGGGAUGCGCCCAGACUGAGAGGGGCUCGGCUCUCUUCCGCCGCUCAGCCCGUUCCCCCACCCUCAGUCCUCCUCCUCCUCCUCCUCCCCAUCCAGCAGCAUGCAUCCCUCUCCGCGGAGACCGGCCGCUGCCACCUCCAACCCUGCCAUGCUACUGCUGCUCCUGUGCCUGGGCUGGGCGCCGCCGGGCUGGGGCUGGCCGCGGGGCAGCUCCCGGGGGGCGGCCGGGCUGCCCCCCAACGCCACCACGCCGAUCUCCAUCAUGGGCUUGAUGCCGCUCAGCCAGUCCGAGGAGGACCAGAAGAGCAGGAUCGGCCGGGGAGUGCUGCCCGCCGUGCAGCUGGCCAUGGAUCAGAUCCGCAACGAGUCCCUGCUCAACCCCUAUUUCCUGGACCUGCGGCUCUACGACACGGAGUGUGACAAUGCAAAAGGACUCAAAGCCUUCUAUGAUGCAAUAAAGUAUGGACCUAAUCAUCUGAUGGUUUUUGGUGGUGUAUGUGCAACAGUUACUUCUAUCAUUGCUGAAUCUCUAAAGGGAUGGAAUUUGGUUCAGCUUUCAUUUGCAGCAACAACUCCAGAGUUGGCUGAUAAGAAAAAAUAUCCUUAUUUCUUCCGGACAGUGCCAUCUGAUAAUGCAGUGAAUCCAGCAAUUUUGAAGUUACUCAAACAUUAUCAUUGGAAGAGAGUAGGAACUUUAACCCAGGAUGUACAAAGAUUCUCUGAGGUGAGGAAUGAUCUGACUGGUGUCCUUUAUGGCGAAGACAUCGAGAUUUCAGAUACUGAGAGUUUUUCCAAUGAUCCCUGCACAAGUGUAAAGAAACUUAAGGGUAAUGAUGUUCGGAUAAUCCUUGGCCAGUUUGAUGAGGAGAUGGCUGUGAAAGUCUUCUGCUGUGCUUAUGAUGAAGAAAUGUAUGGCAGCAAAUAUCAGUGGAUUAUUCCAGGGUGGUAUGAAAAUCUUUGGUGGGAAUCCUGGAUUAAUUCCUCACAGUGUCUCAGCAAAAAUCUUCUCGCAGCCAUGGAAGGUUAUAUUGGAGUGGAUUUUGAGCCUCUCAGCUCAAAAACGAAUAAGACUAUAUCAGGAAGGACUCCACAGCAGUAUGAAAAGGAAUACAAUGCUAAACGUGGCGAUGGGCAAUCCAGCAAAUUUCAUGGUUAUGCCUAUGAUGGAAUAUGGGUGAUUGCCAGGACCUUACAGCGGGCAAUGAAUUAUCUGAAUUCCACCAACAAGCACCAAAAAAUUGAAGAUUUUAACUACACGAAUCACAAACUCGGCAAAAUUUUUCUGAAUGCUAUGAAUGAAACCAGGUUCUUUGGAGUAACGGGUGAAGUUGUUUUCAGAAAUGGAGAGAGGAUGGGAACCAUCAAAUUUACGCAAUUCCAAGAACAAAAGGAAGUAAAGGUGGGAGAAUACAAUGCUGUGGAUGACAAAUUGGUAAUAAUCAACAACAGCAUCAGAUUCCAAGGACUUGAGCCUCCGAAGGACAAAACAAUUAUACAAGAGGAGCUGCGCAAAAUCUCCCUGCCUCUCUACAGCAUCCUCUCUGCCCUCACAAUCCUAGGAAUGAUAAUGGCCAGUGCUUUCUUGUUCUUUAACAUCAAAAACAGAAAUCAGAAACUAAUAAAGAUGUCCAGUCCCUACAUGAACAACCUUAUUAUCCUUGGAGGGAUGCUUUCUUAUGCAUCUAUUUUUCUUUUUGGUCUUGAUGGAUCCUUUGUCUCCGAAAAGACAUUUGAGACACUUUGCACAGUCCGAACGUGGAUUCUUACAGUGGGAUACACAACUGCAUUUGGAGCAAUGUUUGCAAAAACGUGGAGAGUCCAUGCAAUUUUCAAAAAUGUAAAAAUGAAGAAAAAGAUCAUUAAAGACCAGAAGCUACUGGGGAUAGUUGGAGGGAUGCUACUGAUUGAUCUUUGCAUCCUGAUUUGCUGGCAGGUUGUGGAUCCUUUGAGGAGGACAGUGGAAAAGUAUAACAUGGAGCCGGACCCUGCGGGCAGAGAUAUCUCCAUCCGACCGAUCUUGGAGCACUGCGAAAACACCCACAUGACCAUUUGGCUUGGCAUUGUCUAUGCUUACAAAGGGCUGCUGAUGUUAUUUGGGUGUUUCCUCGCCUGGGAGACGCGAAAUGUCAGCAUUCCUGCACUGAACGACAGCAAGUACAUCGGAAUGAGUGUAUACAACGUGGGGAUAAUGUGCAUUAUCGGUGCUGCUGUGUCAUUCCUUACUCGGGACCAGCCCAAUGUGCAGUUCUGCAUCGUUGCUUUAGUCAUAAUAUUCUGCAGCACCAUUACUCUCUGCCUUGUGUUUGUACCCAAGCUCAUCACACUGCGAACAAAUCCAGAUGCAGCCACACAGAACAGACGGUUUCAGUUCACUCAAAAUCAAAAGAAAGAAGAUUCAAAAACAUCAACAUCAGUCACCAGCGUCAAUCAGGCCAGCACAUCUCGACUAGAAGGAUUGCAGUCAGAGAACCACCGCUUGAGAAUGAAAAUCACAGAGCUGGACAAAGACUUGGAAGAGGUCACAAUGCAACUUCAGGACACUCCUGAGAAAACAACAUACAUUAAGCAGAACCACUACCAGGACCUUAAUGACAUUCUUAGUAUACGGAACUUCACAGACGGCAAAGAUGGUGAGAAAGCCAUUUUGAAAAAUCAUCUUGAUCAAAAUCCACCAGCACAAUGGGGCUCAUCAGACCCUUCCAGAACAAGCAAAGAACCCAUAGAAGACAUCAACUCUCCAGAACAUAUACAGCGCCGGCUGUCCUUGCAGCUGCCCAUCCUCCAUCACGCCUACCUGCCGUCCAUAGGAGGAGUUGAUGCCAGCUGUGCCAGCCCGUGUGUAAGCCCCAGUGCCAGUCCUCGGCACAGACACGUGCCACCCUCCUUCCGAGUGAUGGUUUCAGGGCUGUAGGAGGGGGAGAUCAGUGCUUCCUGAACUGCUUUUAAGUACUCGAUGACUGGACUAAACGUCUGACCUAGAACUCUGCUACAAACAUGUAACAUUGGCUCUUAUUGCAGAGGAACUUCUGCUGAGGCCCUCGUCACAGGAGUGCCCACGUAACUCGUGUGAAAAAGCAAAGGAGGACACAAAGAGUUUGAUCUGUAGCCUUAUUCAUGGAGUUUUUAUUUCUUCACCUAGAAGUCACUGAAAAAUGUUUCUUCCAGAAUUUCUACUAGCAACAAGGAGGCUGGGAUAUAUGGAUCUUGCAAAAAAGACACUAGGAAAAAAAAAAAAAAACCACUCAAAUGUCACUGAGCUUUACGUGGCUGCUGAGAACAUGCAAUUCUAUACUGUAUCCAUGUAAGGAAAAUGUAGUGGUCGAGUUAUACCAUGUUGGAAUAGAUACACUCAUUUUUACAAGAGUUGUGUUAAAUUGCUGGAAACAUUCUGCACUGGUUAGUCUUGCUUUUUUUUCAUUUCAGGGAUGAUGUUUAGUAGGAAAGAAGAAUUGUGAGAAAUUAUUCCUCGGGUGUCAUUGAGACUCUGCAGUGCUGUGAGCAGGGUCACCUUUACCUUGCAGCUGUAUGUAUAACCCAAGCAGAGCCUGAACUCCAGCUCUGAGUUGCCACCAGCUGGAGAGCUGCUGAUUGCAAGCAGAGCACUUCACCCUUCUCCAGGGCAAUGGCAGUGACUGCUGACCAUCUGCAGCUUCAUUUUUAGCAAAGUUUCUGCACCUAUUUCAGCAUAAACACCACCAACCAUAACACACUAAACUGUCUGAAAAAGUCCUAGGGCUGAUAACUCAGGAAACUGAGGACAGAUGGGUAGUAAAGUCUUAAUGCCACAGGAUGAAUUGUUUUUCCUAGUUUGUUUGAAAUGUGUCACACAUAAUUACAAUAAAAUCAAUUGAGUGGACUUGAGGGGGGAGGGAUUAGGGCACGGCACUUUGCUGCUGCAGGCGAAGCCUGCAGGGCUUGUAGAUGUGAAUAUACACUAUGUUUGCUUCGUACCUGCAUACGUGUGACAGUUGUAGUGGAUAGGAGAGGGCAAAUCCAAUUUACCAAUAGAAUAUUUUACUCGAAUCCUGAAAGGACUGUGAAAAAACAAUGGGUUUUAUAUUUUAGCUCCUUUCCCUGAACCAAAGUAAUUAGGAGGAAUGACAGUUGUGUUGGUCUGGACCGACUCUGGAGCCAAACCCUCAGGCACAGGUGAGACACACAUGCAGCUUCUUUUUCCAAGGGACUGGAAAUGCAUCCUCUCACUGCCAGGGCUGUUUGCUAAAAGUAGGUGAAAAAAACCCACAUGAAGCACCCACUGGGCUCUCAGUUUUCUUUAAUCAACACUUAUGCCCCUCAGACCAAACCUUUGGAAUGACAUUUGUACAAAGGUUUGCGAAUCAGCAAUGACUGAAGCACAGCUGAAGGGGUUCAUUAGCGGAGGGAUUUAACUGCAGCUUUGACAAGCUAGCAUAAAUCUCCAUUAAAAAUAAAACACACCUCAUAGUGGCCAAAACUAACAUGAAUAUGUAUCUGAAUCUUACAAUCAGGAGCAUCACAAAAUACUUCACUUGGCACAUACAGUAAGAGAGGUUAUGGAAAUAUCUGUAGCUUUUAGAACAAAAAACCAUGUAAGUAUAAACACAGAUGAACUAGAACUCAUUACUCUGUUUAAGCACUAAACACUGACGUCGUCACUCAAUGUGUGUUUGACAGUAUUCUCUUGCUUUAUUAAUAUCAUCAGGGCCUGGUUUAUUUUAAAAGGAAUGUUAAUUUUUAAAAAGAGAAAAAUUAAUAUAUUGUAUAUAAUGUAUACACAAAGAUCUCUGUAGAAAUAUUAUUCCAACUUAGCAGGAAAAAAAAAUAAUUCAGAAGUAUCGGACCAUUGGAGGUGAGCGUGUGUGUGUGUGUGUGUGUGUCUGUAACUUCGUGAAUACUGACUGUGUGACGUUUAUUAGGUUUAAACCAUGCAGUACAUUCUUUGUCUCAAUGAUACUGUAGUUUCUCCCAUAACAUUUUUUUUUUACUUUACUGCAGAUAACAAGACCAACCAAGUGAAUAUAGCUAUUUAAUGUUUCUGUUCUUUUAUACUGCAGCAAAAACGUACUGUAAAUUUAUGAAGAGGCUGUGCCCCAAUGGCAUUUUCCAAUGAUGUUAGUGCACAAAUGCUUUAAACUAGACUGGAACUGCCAGAAUAAAAUGUAAAUGAAGAAUUUCUUGUAUAACCUUAUACUGCAUGAGAUCAAUUUUUAAUAAAUUGUUGCAAAUCUGUUUUUAUGAAUAAAAUAUAUAAAACUUA